CUCAAAAACUCAAAAAGCAUUUCUUUCUCCCUGGUCCUGAACUACACUAAUCGUCUCAAACGGAAAAGCUGAUAAAAUGAUAAAAAUGCAGUCCAUGCAGGCCGUUCUCAAGCAAUACUUUGGGUUUUCUUCAUUUCGGCCAUACCAAAAGGACGUGAUAGAUAAAAUCAUAGAGGGAAACGACUCAUUGAUUGUCAUGGCCACUGGAAGCGGCAAGUCCUUGUGCUAUCAAGUGCCUCCUUUGGUUGUUGGAAAGACUGGUGUGGUUGUGAGCCCUCUUAUAUCCUUAAUGCAGGAUCAGGUAAUGUCUUUGAAACAACGAGGAAUCAGAGCUGAGUUUAUGGGAAGUAGUCAAACAGAUUCCACUGUCCAGAACAGAGCUGAAAGUGGUCAAUUUGAUAUUUUGUACAUGACCCCAGAAAAGGCAUGUUUGAUUCCUGCCAGUUUCUGGUCAAAAUUGCUUAGUGUUGGAAUCUGUUUGUUUGCUGUUGAUGAAGCACAUUGCAUAUCGGAGUGGGGCCAUGAUUUCAGGGUGGAAUACAAGAAAUUAGACAAGUUACGUGGCAUUCUUGUUGAUGUUCCAUUUAUUGCCUUGACUGCGACUGCUACUGAAAAGGUUCGAACGGACAUUGUUAAUUCCUUGAAGAUGCAAAACCCAUACGUUACCAUAGGCUCAUUUGAUCGUCCAAAUCUGUUUUAUGGUGUCAAGUCAUUCAAUCGUGGUCAAUCAUUUGUUCAUGAGCUAGUGCAAGAAGUUUCAAAAUUUGUACGCAGAGAUGGUUCAACUAUCAUUUACUGCACAACAAUUAAAGAUGUUGAGCAGGUAUUCAAGUCACUCAAGGAGCUAGGUAUUAAGGUUGGAACCUAUCAUGGUCAAAUGGACAGUAAGGCUCGUGCAGAGUCCCAUAGAUUAUUUAUAAGAGAUGAAUUAGAUGUCAUGGUUGCUACAAUUGCUUUUGGCAUGGGUAUUGAUAAGCCAAACAUAAGGCAAGUGAUACAUUAUGGGUGCCCAAAGAGUUUGGAGUCCUAUUACCAGGAAAGUGGACGCUGCGGCAGAGAUGGUGUGGCGUCUGUUUGCUGGCUUUAUUACACUAGAAGUGACUUUGCAAAAUCUGACUUUUAUGUUGGAGAGUUACAAACAGAAAGUCAACGUAGAGCUGUCGUUGAGUCAUUGAUGGCAGCACAACAGUAUUGUUUACUGACAACUUGCCGAAGGAAGUUCUUGCUUGGUCACUUUGGGGAGAAAGUUUCAGCUGAUAAAUGUGGCACUUGUGAUAACUGCAUUUCCUCAAAGAGGGAGCGGGACAUGUCUAGAGAAGCAUUUCUUCUAAUGGCCUGCAUUCAAUCAUGUGGGAGUAAAUGGGGUCUCAAUAUGCCUGUAGACAUUCUUCGUGGCUCUCGAGCAAAAAAAAUUAUUGAUCCCCAAUAUGACAAGCUUCCACUACAUGGACUUGGGAAGGACUAUUCUUCAAAUUGGUGGAAAGCACUUGGUUACCAAUUAAUUUCAUCUGGUUAUUUGAUGGAAACAGUAAAUGACAUAUACAGAACUGUAAGUGUUAGUCCAAAAGGGUACCGAUUUCUUAGUUCUGCUGGGCCUGAUCAUCAAGCACCCCUAAUCUUGCCAGUGACCAGUGAAAUGGUAGAUGAUGAGGACAAUAAACAUGCCUCAGGUGAAGUUGGAGAAAUUAAAAGUUUGGCUACUGUGGAAUGUGAAGGAUUUUCAGAGGCUGAGAAACAACUCUACCACCUGCUUCUAGAAGAGAGAAGGAAGCUUGCAAGAGCCAUUGGAACUGCAGCAUAUGCUAUUUGUGGUGAUCAAACUAUCAAAAAAAUUGCUUUAACAAGACCAUCUACCAAAGCAAGGUUGGCAAACAUUGAUGGUGUCAAUCAGCACCUUGUAGUGGCACAUGGAAACAAUUUUCUGCGUAUCAUCCGGGAUCUAUCACAAGGACUAAAUCUUACGUUGGAUGGAGAGGCAACUGUACAAACAGCUUUUACAAGAAAAGUCUAUCCAGUAUCCAACCAACCAAAAAAGUUAACGCCAGCAAAGUUUGAAGCUUGGAAGAUGUGGCAUGAAGAGGGUCUCUCAAUUCGGAAAAUUGCUAACUUCCCUGGUAGACCAGCUCCUAUUAAAGAGCAGACUGUUCAUGAAUAUCUGAUGGAGGCUGCUCAAGAAGGAUGUGAAAUUGAUUGGAUCAGAUUAUGUGAUGAGGUUGGGCUGACGCGUAAAAUUUUCUCAGAUAUUCAGUGUGCCAUUUCAAAGGUUGGCUCUAGUGAAAAGUUGAAGCCUAUCAAGGAAGAAUUACCAGAAGAUAUAAGUUAUGGACACAUCAAGACUUGCCUGGCAGUGCAAAAGUAUGGCAUAUCUCUGGACGUGAUUCCAUCUAACCUCCACAAUGCACAAAAAGCUGGUCAACUUUUGAACAAGGAAACAGAAUCGUCACCAUGUUCUACUCGUACAUCCCCCAUGGAAGGACCUUGUGAAGCUGAAACCUUGGUCCAAAACUCAGUUGCAACCUUGGGUGAAAAUGAAGAAACUGCUUCUGUUCCCUUAACCUGGGGACAAACAGUGAAGCUACCCAAAGUACAUUUUGAGGAUGCACUCUCAAAGAAACGCCAAAAACUAAGUAGUCCAGAUGACGGAAAUUCUAUUGCAUUGAAGGCAACAGAGAGUUCCUUAUUCAAUUGGCUUAAGAACAAAGAUGGGGUUACUCUCGCAGAGAUUUUGGAGCACUUCAAUGGAUCUGAAGAGAAAUCUGUCAUUGAUCUACUCAGUUGUCUUGAAGGUGACUUUCUGAUAUAUAGAAAGAACAACAUGUAUAUGAUCAUCUAAUUCUCCUUUUUUUUUAAGGUUGUCAAAUUGCUUAAUGGACUUGUCCUUUGAAACAUGUUUUGGUUACUUGAUAGCGAGAGACAAUAUGAUUAUAAUUUAUUUGCAAUGUUCAGCA